CUGCGAGCAUUGAGCUGACUGGCGCCAUCCUGAAAGAAUGCCUUCACUGUAAAAAAACACAGAGAGAGCAGUGCAUUCAGAGACAGAGGGAGUGAGCACUAGAGAGAGAGAGAGAGAGAGAGGGAGGGAUGGAAAUAGAGUAAGAGGGAAGAGGGUUACUACUGCGCAUAAACACAGAUUUGAUCAAACUUGUGUUCAGUCAUAAGGCAGAAAACUUAUCCAGAUCGACCCGGCUCGGCCUGAACCGUCAAGCUCACUUGUUGAGUCUACGCAGCGCAACAGAAAAACUUGCGGAACUUGUCGCGCGUUUGGAUGCGUACGCGGACUUAUGACCAGCAAUAGUAUAAAUGCAUUUGACUUUCAGAAGUUAAAGCGCGUUUAUUGAACAAACGGAUUCAGUUUAUACGAGCUUCUGACAAUUUGCCAAUGACAGAAAGAACACAAACGAACGGACGGACUUUGUAAAACAAAUUGUCUUGUUCAAUUUCAGGUGAUCGGAAGUAAAAAAAAUAAAUCGAACCAGUGGAUUAAACAAAGGAGGAGUUUGGACUUUUUGAACUUUCGUGUUGUGUGUAUCGGUGAUUGUAUGAACGUUUGCUAAAAAAGAAAAAGAAAACGAUGGAAGUAAGUCCGGAGCAGCCUCGUUGGAUGACCCAUCAUCACCCGGUCAUUAACGGCCAGCAUCCCGAGACACACCACCCGGGACUGGGACACUCCUACAUGGACCCGUCGCAGUAUCCCCUUGCGGAAGAUGUGGAUGUAUUGUUUAAUAUCGACGGACAGAGCAACCACCCGUACUACGGGAACUCGGUUCGGGCCGUGCAGAGGUACCCACCGCCACCUCACAGUAGUCAGGUGUGUCGCCCAUCGUUGCUGCACGGCUCUCUUCCUUGGCUCGAUGGAAGUAAACCUAUCGGCCCUCACCACAGUACCUCCCCCUGGAACCUCGGGCCUUUCCCCAAAACUUCCCUGCAUCACAGUUCCCCUGGGCCUCUGUCCGUCUAUCCCCCAGCCUCCUCCUCCUCGCUGUCCGCUGGCCACUCCAGCCCACACCUCUUCACCUUUCCCCCCACUCCACCCAAAGAUGUGUCCCCUGACCCCUCAAUUUCCACGUCAGGCUCGGGCUCAUCCGUACGGCAGGAGGACAAAGAGUGCAUUAAGUACCAGGUGUCUCUGGCCGAAAGCAUGAAGCUGGAUUCGGCUCAUAGUCGGAGCAUGGCUUCUAUCGGAGCGGGCGCGUCCUCCGCGCACCAUCCCAUCGCCACUUACCCUUCCUAUGUGUCCGAUUACGGGCCGGGGCUCUUCCCACCAAGUAGCCUGAUAGAGGGUAGAGAAUGUGUUAACUGCGGGGCCACCUCGACUCCUCUGUGGCGGAGGGAUGGCACCGGUCACUAUUUGUGUAACGCCUGCGGACUAUACCACAAGAUGAACGGACAGAACCGACCCCUCAUCAAGCCCAAGCGGAGGCUGUCCGCUGCCAGACGAGCAGGGACCUCAUGCGCAAACUGUCAAACGACCACGACGACACUGUGGCGGAGAAAUGCGAACGGCGAUCCCGUCUGCAAUGCCUGCGGCCUCUAUUACAAAUUACACAAUAUCAACCGACCACUCACCAUGAAGAAGGAGGGCAUCCAGACCCGGAACAGGAAGAUGUCCAGCAAGUCCAAGAAGAGCAAAAAGUCCCAUGAUAGCAUGGAGGAUUUCUCCAAAAGCUUGAUGGAAAAGAACAGUUCCUUCAGCCCAGCCGCCCUGUCACGUCACAUGACCUCGUUCCCUCCCUUCUCGCACUCCGGCCACAUGUUGACCACGCCCACCCCCAUGCACCCCUCUUCCAGCUUGCCCUUCGCCCCCCACCACCCCUCCAGUAUGGUGACGGCAAUGGGCUAGAGCACCCUGCUACCUCCGACCGCCCAAUCUCCUGACGGUGGAUGUCUCAAAGCACCGUUAACCUUGAAGCCUGUCACCCGCCGCAACCCUCCGACCUUGAACCAGCUCUCUCACGCGCUCCGUCUGAGCUACGAGCCCCCCCAAGACCCCUUCUCCACUUCGGUAUGCCCCGCUUAAACCCCCUAACCCGCAUUAUGAGGGAGAGACAGUGAGAAUGAAAGAGAAAAGACAAUAACUUUCUUCAUCGCCCCUCCAACCAUGAAGCCUCGCGCUGAUGUCAACCUUCAUUUGUGUACAAAUGCCAUCUUUCCUGUGGGCAUCAAGGCACAAACAUUACGAGACUUUAAACUAACCUUCUCUAAUUCCCAAACCUACUCCUCUUCUUCUUCUACGCAUCUCCUAUUCUUUGCCCCCGUGAGACAUGAGGAAUUGAGCUGUGAAUGACAACAGGAGAUGAACUCUGCAUAUAUUUGUAAAAAAAAAUUGUCUGAAAUACAUUUAAUGAAGACUUUUUAAAGAGCAAAAUGAAAAAAGGCGAGGACAGGAAAUGCCCGUGGGCAGCUAAUGAUAAGAAGGGUACGACUUAAACCAGGAAGAUGGAACGGCGUGGCGACGUGGCCACGAUUUCUAUCCGAAUGACGAAAAAAGUAGGAGAUGAGAAGUAGGGAGAAGAAAAGUAGAAAGGAAAUGGUGUGUAAUGCAUUAAAACUUGUAGUCAGGUCUGUUUCGCAGACUUCCAGCUACUCUUCUGGAUGUGUUAUAGGUCUUGGGCAAUUGGUUUGUGUUCACACACACACACAUGCACACACACACACACACGCACACACACACACACACACGCACACACUCACGUAUACACCUGAAAGACUUCUUUGGGCCCAGGUUAUAUGCAUUGUGAAAAAAGUUCCUGUAUUUGUUAUUUGUAUGUAUAAUUCAGAGUACCAAAAAUACGAAAGAAACAAAGAUGUAGAAUUAUUUCUUUAUGUAAUGCAGACUGAAUGGUUGUACAAAUUUAAUAAUCACUAGUGUAAAAAAAAGACUUGCUUUUUGUUGCGUAAUUUUUUUUCCUCUUUGAAAAUAAUAAACUAGUUUAAUCUCUGUUGACAUCAUACAA